UUUGGGCGCGCGGCGGAGAGGCGAGGGGAGGCCCGCGCGCGCGCGCCGCAGCCGCCAUGGCCGACGGACAAGUUUCUCUAGCGAAGAAGCACAAGAAAAAAAAAGACCGGAAAGAAUUAGCAGAUGAAGAUGUUGCUGAAAUACAGCACAUGGGUGAAUUCUUCAUCAAGCCUGAAUCCAAAGUGGCUCAGUUGGACACAUCUCAGUGGCCCUUAUUGCUAAAGAAUUUUGAUAAGCUAAAUGUACGAACAACGCAUUACACUCCCCUUCCAUCUGGAUCCAAUCCUCUCAAGAGAGAAAUUGCUGAGUAUGUCAGGACCGGCUUCAUUAACCUCGACAAGCCCUCCAACCCCUCUUCCCAUGAAGUGGUCGCUUGGAUCCGGCGAAUCCUGCGGGUGGAGAAGACAGGACACAGUGGAACUCUAGAUCCCAAAGUGACGGGCUGCUUGAUUGUCUGCAUAGAACGAGCUACCCGCUUGGUCAAAUCCCAACAGAGUGCAGGCAAAGAGUAUGUGGGAAUUGUUCGGCUGCACAAUGCCAUUGAAGGCGAGAUUCAGCUUUCCAGGGCACUGGAAACUCUCACAGGUGCGUUGUUCCAGAGGCCACCGCUCAUUGCUGCUGUCAAGAGGCAACUACGGGUCCGAACCAUCUAUGAAAGCAAAAUGAUCGAGUAUGAUCCUGAAAGGAGAUUAGGUAUCUUCUGGGUGAGUUGUGAGGCGGGUACGUACAUUAGAACCCUGUGCGUCCACCUUGGCUUGCUGCUGGGAGUUGGAGGUCAGAUGCAAGAACUCCGAAGGGUCCGCUCCGGAGUUAUGGGAGAAAAGGAUCACAUGGUCACCAUGCAUGAUGUUCUAGAUGCUCAAUGGCAAUAUGACAAUAACAAGGAUGAGAGUUACCUGAGGCGGGUCAUCUACCCUCUGGAGAAACUCCUGACCUCCCACAAGCGACUAGUCAUGAAAGACAGUGCGGUCAAUGCAAUCUGCUAUGGGGCCAAAAUUAUGCUUCCUGGAGUUCUGAGGUAUGAGGAUGGAAUUGAAGUCAAUCAGGAGAUUGUGGUCAUUACUACCAAAGGCGAGGCCAUCUGUAUGGCCAUCGCCUUGAUGACCACAGCCGUUAUCUCUACCUGUGACCAUGGCAUAGUGGCCAAGAUUAAAAGAGUGAUCAUGGAGAGGGACACAUAUCCUCGCAAGUGGGGCCUGGGGCCAAAGGCAAGUCAGAAGAAACUGAUGAUCAAGCAAGGUCUUUUGGACAAGCACGGCAAGCCCAACGAGAGCACCCCAACAACUUGGAAGCAGGACUACGUGGACUAUAGAGCAACUGUGAAGAAAGAACCAGUAACCCCAGUCACUCCAGUUGCUCCAGUUGAGGUGGCCAAGGUACAGAAGAGAAAGAGGGAGAGCGGAAGUGAAAGUGAUGAGGCAGCUCCAUCCAGCCCAGUUACUCCAAAAUCAGAAGAAAUGAGUAAGAAGGAAAAGAAAAAGAAGAAAAAGGAAAAGAAGGCUAAAGAAGCAGUAGAGAGUGGAGGCGAGUCGAUGGAUGUGGGCAGCGAUAGUACCAAAAAGAAGAAAAAAAAGAAGAGAGCAAAAGAAGCUGACAGUUCCGAGUGAUGGGGAGAGAUCAUCCAUCACUGGAACGUAUUGUCUGUUUGGAUGAAACGAAUUUUGAGGCCUUAACCAAGGGUUCGUUCCCACAGGAAUGGGGAAAGAUGCACCACAGGAAUGGACAAGGAGGUGGCAUGUUUUUUGCUCUGCUACCUAGAUUAUAUAGAGCAUUUGGUGGUGUAGUGCAAAAUGGUCAUCCCCUCAACAUCCUGUUUUAAGGAUCUCUGAGGGGCGGGUGAGAAACGUCCCAUGUGUUGGACAUGUCCGUUCUCCAGUUUAGAGCAGCUGGAGAAAUCUCACAUUUUUUGAAAUACCCUGAGUCAUCCAACUGCUGCAGCCCGUUGUCACUUUUAAAUUUACUGAUAUUUUAUUGCAUUUCCAUUGAAUGGGAGUAUUAAAAAAAGAUCUCACCUGCCUCUCUCUUCUAUUUUAAAAGAUUUGUGAGGUAGAUCUGCAAAGGUUGUGUUUUUGUGUGAGUUCAGUUUAAAUGAGCUGAGUCCCUCACGGAAGGGGAAGAGAAAAGGUGAUGGGCAGCACCAACCAUAUUGUUUCAGGUCAACAAACUAUUACUUUUACAGGUCUUUGCAAGAGUAACGAACCGGUCCGGACUCGUGUAUCGAAAGUGACAAAGCAGUUGUCAUUUUGGAUGAUGAUGUUUCACUGUCACUGUCCUCAUGCUUUGUUCAGAUCGCACCUCCUGGUGGAAAUUGAGGGUCUUUUUUUAAAGAGCCAUUUUAAUGCAUCCUACAGAGCGAAUAGGAAUUUACAUCAGCUUACUCGUAGUUCUGACCACGAUCUCUCCCAAGUGUGUCGACAAGAAUGCACUACUUUUGCAUUUGGGUAAAAUCCUUUAUGUCUGGAACUGUCCAAUGUAAUCCCCUUAGUCUAUUUUUGUUCCUGUCCAAGUCAAGAGGUGGGAAACGGCUAAUAAUGGUUGUCCCAUAUAGGGGGAAAUUGGUUACAAUUUUUGUUUACUUUUUUAUAAAAAAAAUAAAAAACCUAAUUUGUAAAAA